UCAGUUAUCACAAUGUUGAAAAAUACAUUCAGUUUUGUUGCUAUAUUUAUGGUAGUUUUGUGUUGUGAAGGAACGAUUGUAAGAUUUCCAAAUGAUCAGCCUAUUUUAGAAGAUCAGCAGGUUCUGAGGUUUGAAAAUGAACCACAUGAACAAUGGCAGACUCAUGUUAUGGAUUUUAUAAACUUGGUAGAUGUAGAUUCAGUGUUGAGCACCGUUGUAAGGUUUAUAGAUGACCCAGAAGUGAUGAAGUUUAUUGGAUUCCUUUUAAGCCCAAAGUUUAAGGAUAUGGUUUGGGAAUUUGAAAGUUUUGAAGAAUUUAAAGAGGCUUAUAUAUAUCUGGAAACUAAGGGCUAUGAUAUUAAAGAUGUAAUUGAUUACGUAAAUACAAUUUUCAAUUUACCUGAAUUUGAUAAACCCCAAAGGGUUUUGAGGGAGGCGGGUAAUGACGCGGGGGUUUCCGGAUUCAUUGCGGCUAUUGUUGGAAAAUUACCUCUGCAAGAAAUGGCAGAUCUAUUGAAGAGUAAAGUGGAAAACUACCCAGAAGUAGCAGAAUUCGUUGAAGUUAUUGAUUCUCCCGAGUUUGUGAAUAUUAUGCAAAGAAUGCUAAGUAGUGAGAAGUUUGGUGACUUUAAAUCGACAUUUGAAACUUACGGCGUAGAUUUCAAUUUCAUUUGUUUAAUAAUUAGCGAAGUAUUUGGUGAUGGAUCCGAUAAAAUUAUUUGCGGAAAUAAACAAGACAUAUAUAUGUAA